AGCGUGAAUGCAGCACCAGACCAAAGCAGCCGCUAGUCGACGUUAGUUGCCAAUGACAGCCCCGUGCUAGCUAAAGUCAUGGCGCUGCUCAAACAAAGUUGUUGUGUAGCUGGCCGUUUCUCCACAAACCAUCUUUGGCUCAGUCCCAGAUGCAUCCCACAUGUUUACACCAGCAGUCUGACAACUGUGACGAAAUCCCCCCCAGACCGGGCUGACAGAAAGGAGCUUCUGGGUGAUGACGGGCCUGAUCUACAAGACUUCAUUUCUGGGGAACUGUCGGAGAAAAGCAAGUGGGCAGAGUACAGAGGCAACCUGAAGAGAGAGAAGGGAGAGAGGCUGCGGCUUCCUCCAUGGCUGAAGACGGAGAUCCCCAUUGGAAAAAACUACAACAAGCUGAAGAACACACUGAGAGACCUCAACCUGCACACGGUGUGUGAGGAGGCCAGGUGUCCUAACAUUGGGGAGUGCUGGGGAGGAGGAGAGUACGCCACAGCCACAGCCACCAUCAUGCUGAUGGGGGACACGUGUACCCGUGGGUGCAGGUUCUGCUCUGUAAAGACGGCCCGUCGGCCCCCACCUCUGGACCCAGACGAGCCCUACAAUACAGCCAAGGCCAUCGCUGCCUGGGGGCUGGACUACGUGGUUCUCACCUCAGUCGACAGAGAUGAUAUUGCUGAUGGAGGGGCAGAGCACUUUGCUAAGACUGUCUCCAACCUGAAGGAAAGGGACCCUCAGAUGCUGAUUGAAUGUCUGACCCCUGAUUUUCGUGGUGACCUGGCAGCAGUAGAGAAGAUCGCCCUGUCAGGGUUGGACGUGUACGCCCACAAUGUGGAGACAGUGCGAGAACUGCAAAGGCACGUGCGUGACCCCAGAGCAAACUUUGAUCAGUCUCUGAGCGUCCUGAAGCAUGCUAAAAAAGUCAAACCCACUGUGCUCACCAAGACUUCCCUCAUGCUGGGACUCGGGGAGACUGACCAACAGAUACUCAACACAUUGACUGAGCUGCGAGAGGCAGGCGUGGACUGUCUAACACUGGGUCAGUACAUGCAACCCACUAAACGCCACCUAAAGGUGGAGGAAUAUGUCACUCCAGAGAGGUUUGCCUACUGGGAGAAAGUUGGGAAUGAUAUGGGCUUCGUUUACACAGCCAGCGGGCCACUGGUGCGAUCCUCCUACAAAGCGGGCGAGUUCUUCCUGAAGAAUCUGCUGAACAAGAGAAAAGCAGAAGUCACUAUAGCAGAGUGAAAAGCAUCAAACCAGCAGCUUCUAGAGCUUUAAUCUCGUCUCUGCCUACCUAUACACAUUUACAGUGACAAACUCAGCUUUACUCCUGCCAUAGCAUAAUGUAUUUAGUGUUGGCACAGGAAACACAUUUUAACAUAUGAGUAGUGCAAGUCAAAAAGGAAGGCAGGUGGCAUUCAAUAAGGGCAGAGAAGUGACAUUAACAAGACUCAUGUAAGUGCAGGAACCCUUCAGUAGCUGUAAUUUGCAAUCUCUGCACCUCAGGGGGGUACUAAAUCGCAUCCACCAUGAUCUCCCUCCCCACAGGGGCCCUGGACUUCGGGUGGAGAGACUGACCUUUAACCGAAAGCUCUGUUUAUGCUCUUUGAUGUCUGCUGCUUCAGGACUGAUGAUUUGAUGAAGCAAGGGGGUUUUCUUUUGGUCUGAGGGUUCUCGCAGCGGCUCCAAGUUUAAACUAUGUAUGAUACAAAAACAAAUCUACAGUUGCCGUAGACUUGUAACACUGUUGAACGCUCCGUUUAAAAUUUCUAUUACAUUAGAAACAGUAUAAUUCAAGCCCAAAUCGGCCUUUUGUCAGGUACAGAAGUAUCGUAAGAGGUACUUUUACUCUGUAUCUGACGAAGAGCCAAUCUGUGUUCAAACUGUACUUUUUAUAACGUAAUAAAAUGUACCUGUACAAGAAAGAUGUGCGUUUGUUUUGCACACUGAUUGACAAAACAAAUCUUUAAAAUGUACAUUUAUAUUUAAAGAAUUAAAACUCAUCAAUCCACA